AUGGAGCAUCCUCCGAUGAAGGGGCAGGUUCCACCCGCCUCUUCAACUGGGGACAGCUUCCCCCUCAUGUCUAUCUCCAUUAUCGGGAUCAUCUCCACGGCUGUGGUUCUGGUUAUUUACUACGUGUUCGUCAGCAAGAGCAGCGUCGAGGAGCGGGGGUUCAUUGAACUCCUCUCCAUUUCACGGUCCCGACGGCGGCGGUGGCUCAACCCAGACCCCAUGACGGCGUACGUGCCCAGCGCCGAGAGACGUGGACUCGAGGAGGCAGUGAUCCGGGGUAUCCCGAUCUUCCAGUUCAAGAUGUCCGGUUUUCUCCGCGACUGCGUCGUCUGCCUCAGCGGAUUCGAGGAGGGGGAGAGGCUCAGACAGCUGCCCAGGUGUUCCCACGUCUUCCACAUAGACUGCAUCGAUGUGUGGCUCCAGAACAGCGUUAAGUGCCCCAUCUGCCGCUUGGAUAUCGCCUGUGGGGGGCUAGCAAAAGAGGAAAGGGAGAGCAACUUCGAUUGCGGCGGCGGGGGGAUUAGGCCGGUUGUUGAGCCAUCAAUUCAGCAGCAAGAUACCGUCCCCGCCGCCGAACGAGGAAGAUUCAAGAAGGUCCGCAGCAUUGGCGACGAGUGCAUCGACGUGAGGAGUAGGAAGGAGGAUCGGCUCUAUGUGCAGCCGAUGAGGAGGUCCUUCUCGAUGGACUCCUCCGACGGGCAUCUCCACCUUUCCAUCCGGGCCAUCGCCAGCGAGGAAGGCAGCAGUAGCGUCCCCACCCCCCCCUGGGCCCGCCGGCUGUUCUUCUCCUUCGGUCGGAGUUCCCAAGGAGGAAGUUCUCCCAAUCCCCCUUGA